AUGGAGAAGUUGAAUUUGUUGGGGUUCCUCAUCAUCACCUUGAACUGCAACAUGACCCUUGUGGGCAUGAUCUGGCUGAUCGUGGCGGUCUUGCUGAGGAUGCUAGUGCUGGUCUUGGCAGGGUCACCUAUCUAUGAGGAUGAACAAGAGAGGUUUAUUUGCAACACGCUGCAACCAGGAUGUGCCAACGUUUGCUACGACCUCUUUUCCCCAGUGUCACCGCUGCGGUUCUGGCUAGUACAGAGCCUGGCCCUGCUUCUGCCUUCGGUGGUCUUUGGCACCUAUACCCUGCACCGCGGCGCGAAACUGGCUGCACGGGGAGCCUGCAGGCCUCAGGUGCCCGACCUGUCAGCUGCCUACCUGGUGCACCUACUGCUGCGCAUGCUGCUGGAGGCUGGGCUGGCUUCCCUGCACUAUUUUCUCUUUGGCUUUUCUGUGCCCGCCCGCGUGUCUUGCUCGCAAGUACCCUGCUCAGGGGCUGUGGACUGCUACGUGUCGCGGCCCACGGAGAAGUCCCUCCUGAUGCUAUUCUUUUGGGCAGUGAGUGCGCUAUCCUUCCUGCUCAGCUUGGCCGACCUGCUUUGGAGCCUGCCGAGGAGGAGAUUGAGGACCAGGCAAUGGGUCAAGGAAGAGGCUAGACCAGUCUGCGAAGUACCUGCACCUCCUCCUUGCCUCUUACGAGACCCUCAAGGCUAUCUUAGCCAAGUGGACCAGGAGGACAGACAGGAGGAGCAAGUUGUGCCUGAGGGCACAACAGGGCAGGGCGACAAUGUUCCUCAGGCCAGUGUGUCAGGGCUGCUGGAGCAUUCAGACCAAGAUGUUAGUGAGGCCACUUCCUCAGCUGGUGACAGGCUGACAGUGGCUCACACAGCACAUGCGUUCAGAUCCCACAGAGAGACGUCACUGGACCUGGGGAGCAAAACUACCCAGUCAGAUGAGCUCUCCUUGGCUACCCAGAGCCACCUGGCCAGGCACUGUUCAGCCAGCCAGCCUCAAGCUCCAGGUCGGCUGGCCACCUCAGGCAGUGCCCCCCAUCUGAGAAUCAAAAAGUCUGAGUGGGUGUGA